AUGACUACAAAUGCAGAAUAUUGCAAGAAUUAUCGCCAACGAAAGUACAAUAUAUCGAAUCGUCUUCAACAAAUGCAGCCGACUCCUCCACAAGAUCUUUAUUUAUGUAGUGAUCAUGUUGAUAAUAUUGAUCCUCAAGAAGAUGAAGUAAAUAAUUAUUUUAACCAACUUAAUACUGCAAAUGAUGAUGAAUAUAGAAGUCAUGGUUCUUCUUACGAAGAUAGCUCUAUUAUUGAUAGUGAAUAUGAAACAGAAUCAGAUUCUGAUUUAGACUGUUUCACAGAUGACGAUGAUGAUGGCACUCUUCUUUACCAAGAUGGUUCAAUCUCUCUUUACCAAGCAUAUAAAGCUAUUAAAAAAUUUAUUAUUAAAUGUAAUUUAUCGUACACAAAUAUUUUAAAUUUGAUUCUAUUGAUUUUAUUUUUAUUGCCUGUCGGGCACGGUUUAAGUAAAUUAGGUAUUCUACGAUGCUACAAGAAAAAAGAAAAUUUUUUCUAUAAUACGUUAUGUAUUAAUUGUAACCAUGAGGUACAACCUACCGAUGGUAAAUGCUCUUCUACGUGUAAUUUCUAUGGCAAACAAAGAACGAAUGACAGUGUAACUGAACUUGCUGAAGCUAAUAUCGUGGAUCGAAUAAAAAAUGUCGUCAAACGUAAUUUACCUUUAAUAACCGAAUAUCAACAACGUGCACAUUUGCUACUACCUAAUGAUAUACUUAAUAGUGUAGCAUAUCAACAAAUUCAUAAGGAUAGCAUAUUUAAUCGUUUAACACUUACAAUUCAUGCUGAUGGAAUUCAGUUAGUUACAACAAAGCGUAAAAAGUUUUAUGCAGUAACAGGAACAAUUUUAGAAAUUCCACCUCCUCAUCGUGAAUAUGCUCGAAAUAAACUUCUCUUUGUACUUUAUUUCUCUGAAAAUGAACCUACACCAUCAAUUAUCUAUGAUAAUCUAUGCCAACAGAUGAGAAAAAUAAUUAAUGAAAAAUUCACUGUUAUUAGUGGUCAAAAGUUCAAUAUCAAAUUUCAACUUUUUAAAGCCGAUCUUCCAUGUCGUUCAUUAUCGAUUUGCACUAAACAACACAAUGGCUAUUAUUGUUGUUCUAAUUGUCUGCAACGUGGGAAAACUGUUGGAGGAACAUGUGUCUAUUAUUCUUCGGAUGAAAUACAACCAGCUCGUUCUCAUCGUGAUUAUAUAGAUGCAGCAACUGAAGCUGAACGCAAUCAAAAUCAAAUUUCUGUUUUUGGUGUGCACGGAAAAUCACCGCUAUUAUCAUUAUUUUUCAAUGUACAAGUCAACUGCCCGUUUGACUAUAUGCAUCUUUGCUGUAGGUGA